AUGUCUCCAUCGGUCAGUGAGGUCCUCCUGUCUGGGUUAACGAUAAACUCCACUCUCCGGCGCAGGACCCACCUCGUUCAGUCGUUCUCCGUCGUCUUCCUCUACUGGUUCUACGUCUUCUCAUGA